AUGGUGCCACCAUUACACCAUUAUGAAGAACCCGGCCAGCCGGAACAGCGAGCGCUGCUGCCGAGGCCGUCGUCGACGUGCGCCUCCUCCGGGCGACGGCCGACGGAGGGGAGGGAGGCGGUGUUGGCUGCACCGGCCAACCUCGAGGCUCGGCUGACCCAGACCUCCCCCGCGCGCCCGCUCGACCCCCGACGCCGCAGACCACCGCGUGCACCGGCCCUGUGCGGGUGCCGCGCCGCCCCCGAGCUCCGCGGCAGAGCUCGGCAUCGGGGGCGCCAUCGCCGCGGCAGAGCUUCUGCCGCCGCUGCUGCCGGCGCAACGCCACGCCCUCAUCCGCCCCGCCGCGACCGCCGCGGCCUCGUUCGCCGGCCGCCCCCCCGCCGCUGCCGCCGCGCUCGAGAUCCGCCGGGCUGCGGAUCGACACCGCAGGCGUCCUCGCCUUCUUCUCCCUCCCAACACCAGCGUCUCCUCCCCCCGCCCCCGCCCCACGCGGGGCGGGCCUUCUUCGCGCUAGCCACCAUCGUCCCCCGCCUCCGCCGGCCCGCCAGCCGCGUCGCCGAGGGAGCGGAUGCUGCGGACAAUCCCGCGCAUCGCGUGGCGGCUACGGCCGACGGGGACCGUGGCGGUUCUGCUUCUGGGAGAAGUCGAGGACAUGGUUGGAGGGGAGGAUUCUGGGAGAAGUCGAGGACAUGGUCGAAGGCGAGGAGGAGGGGGCCUGUCAUCCAGGGAGCGGUGGGCAUCUUCACUGCGGCGGCGCCACCGCCGGCGCCGGCGAGCCAUGGCUUCACUGCGGCGGCGCCGGAGCUCCACCCGCGGCUCCGCUCCGCGGGCCGCGUGCACCAAGAAGCAGCCGCAGCACGCCCGCGUGCCCGCUCGCCGCCACUGCGUGCACCGGCCUGCGUGCACCAUUACACCAUUACGAAGAAGAAGAAGCCGUCGGAGAUCGCGACGGCGGCCGACGCCGCCCGAGCGGAGCGCCGGGCGGCGCGCGUGACCGCCGCCCUCGACCGGCGCGACGUCCCCGGCUGCGACACCCCGCUCCACCUCGCCGCACGCCUCCCACGCGCCCCCACCCUCGCCGCGGCGCUCGCGGUCGCUGGUGCCGACCCCUCCCUGCAGAACGCCGCCGGGUGGACGCUGCUUGGCGAGGCCGGAAGGUAUUGA